AAGGAAAGGCCAAGCGCGAAAUGUCACACGUGUCACAUAGAAACUGUCCUUCUUCCGAGAAUGCCGAAACCGCCAAAAACGAAGCCCCUCGCGCCACUAUCCAUAGACCUCGCGGCUCGUGUGCCGCCAGAGCUACAUGACUAUGUCAUUGAUUUUUUACAUGACCACCGACCCUCCAUGUGCUCCUGUUCUCUCGUCUGCAAAGCCUGGCUGUCCUCUAGCCGAUACCAUCUCUUCCGAAAUUCCACUCUACGGGUCACUCGCUGGAAUUUUGAGAAAUUUCUUCAUUUUUCCUCCGCAAAUGGAAUACACGAGCACAUCGGACGCCUUGAUCUCGAGAGCCAUAUCAUCGACGAAGUAUUCCACCACAGCGAACCAACGUUGCAGUUCAACAACGACUUGAAGCGAUUCGUCAAUCUCCCUGCGGUUCAUUACCUCCGUCUGCACUACCACCACGAUGUAUUCGCCUCGACAAUCGGAAAGGCGAUUACCGAGAACUUUGGGAAUAUAAAGGAGCUCGAAUUCAGCUCUGUCCACAUCGAUUCGUUUGGCACCAUCUUGGAGAUAUGUCAGACACUGCCUAGUCUCCGCAGGCUUGCUCUUUGCGGGUUACUUUUGAUCGGCGACGAAGAGGAUUCGCGCGAGGUUUUGAUGGCGAAAGUCGCUGCAUACCCCAACCUUCCCAAUCUGACUGACUUCGUAUUCGAAGCCCAUCGGGGAAACGAAAAUGUUCUCCGCUGGCUCUCGGCUCAACGCGGCCUUCGCCUCCUUGCAAUCUCCAGACUUGCCACACGUGCCGAACGCAGCGUGUUUGCAGAGAUUAUCAAGGCAGUUGGUCCUCAGCUUACCCAUUUGUUUUUGGGGCCCACAAAUGCAGCAGUGGACCUUAUCACAGCAACCAAUCUGCAGACACUCGAGCUAAGGAACAUAACGAUUGCCGCGCCGGGGACCGAGUCAGUCGUCAACUACGUUUUCCCCACUCUCUCAUCGCUGCUCGGACGUCGAGCCCCACCCGCGACUCUUCGAACACUAGUCUUGAACAUCAAUGUGGAAUUUCAAACGGAUAUCGACACUAUUCAAUGGGACGAAAUAGCUCCUCUGCUAGCUAGCGCAGACAGUCUGCGUCGCGUAGAUGUUGGUGUUUCCCGACACAAAAAAUCGCUGCAGGGAGUUAUUUGCGACCAGAAGCUGCCCGCUCCCCGCCCAUAUUCUAUUCGGGUGUCAGACUCUGAUCCAAAGCGCAACCGGUUUUCUCUCGUGAACUGUUCCAGCACAAGUGCAUAG